AUGGCCGCUGCCGCCUCUGUGACAGGCCUGGUCACGUGGGCGCGCUCGCUUGUGAGGUCGCCGGGCCCCGGCAGGCGAUUGUCCCUUGCCGGGCCCCGUCCCGAGGCGGAGACUAUCCCUGUCAACCGGAGCCUGAGAGAUCAUGGCAACGGGCUCCGGCGGGGAGCGCGUGGCGGCGGCGGCGGCGGCGGCGGCAGUUUGGUCGCGGGCCGGGACGGCGGAGCGGCAGCGGCGGCGGCGGUGGCUGUGGCGCCGGCACCGGCCCUGAGCGUCAUGAGGCGCAGCAGCCCCGAGCAGGAGCCGGAGGCCGGGUGGGAAGCGGACGCGGCGGAGGCGGCCGAGUCGCUAGCGGCGGAGGCAGGAGAGCAGCUGCGCGUGGACGCUGGCGCGGCCGGGGAGCCGGAGCAUCCGGAGCGGGAGGAGCAGCCCAAGGCCGUGGGCCGGGACCCGUCCCCGGCGCGACGCCGCGCGCCCGAGGAAGGAGAUGCCCGCGUCGUCCGGCGGCUGCCACCCGCGCUGCCCUUGGCCCCGCCGAGGCCGGCGGCGCGGGCCCUGAACCAGCUCGUGAAGGCCCGGGGCCGGAGCCGGGGCCGGAGCUACCGGCGGAGCUCGGGCUCAGUGCGGCCGGUCACCGUGGACAGCUCCAAGGCCCGCACCUCCCUGGACGCGCUGAAGAUCAGCCUUCGCCAGCUCAGGUGGAAGGAGUUCCCAUUUGGCCGACGCUUGCCUUGUGACAUCUACUGGCAUGGAGUUUCAUUUCGCGACAAUGACAUACUCUCCGGUCAAGUGAACAAAUUUCCAGGCAUGACUGAGAUGGUGCGGAAAAUCACCUUGAGCAGAGCGCUGAGGAUCAUGCAGAACCUGUUCCCGGAGGAGUACAACUUCUACCCUCGCUCCUGGAUUCUGCCCGAGGAGUUCCAGCUCUUUGUUGCUCAGGUCCAAACUGUGAAAGAUGGUGAUCCCUCCUGGAGGCCCACUUUUAUUGUGAAACCGGAUAGUGGUUGUCAGGGUGAUGGAAUCUACCUCAUUAAGGAUCCUUGUGAUGGCCGCCUGACUGGGACCCUCCAUAACAGGCCGGCAGUGGUCCAGGAGUACAUCCGCAAGCCUCUCCUUAUCGACAAACUCAAGUUCGAUAUCCGUCUGUAUGUCUUGCUGAAGUCCUUGGACCCCUUAGAGAUUUAUAUAGCCAAAGAUGGACUCUCUAGGUUUUGUACAGAGCCAUAUCAAGAACCCAACCCUCAGAAUCUGCACCAUGUCUUUAUGCACUUGACCAACUACUCCCUGAACAUUCACAGUGGCAAGUUCGUCCACUCAGACAGCGCCAGCACAGGCAGCAAGAGGACUUUCUCUAGCAUUCUUUGUAGACUGUCUUCCAAAGGUGUGGACAUCAAGAAGGUCUGGUCUGAUAUCAUCUCCUUAGUUAUUAAGACUGUCAUCGCCCUGACCCCAGAGCUCAAAGUUUUCUACCAGUCAGACAUCCCAACAGGGAGGCCGGGGCCCACCUGCUUCCAGAUUCUAGGCUUUGACAUUAUUCUGAUGAAAAACCUGAAGCCUAUGCUACUUGAAGUGAAUGCUAACCCCAGCAUGAGAAUUGAGCAUGAAUAUGAACUCUCUCCAGGGGUGUUUGAAAAUAUCCCCAGCCUGGUGGAUGAAGAGGUGAAGGUGGCUGUGAUCAGAGACACGCUGCGCCUCAUGGACCCGCUGAAGAAGAAAAAGGAGAUCCACUUUCCAGAUAUCUAUAUGGACAGAAAACACAGAAUUCCUCCAGUUUCUGACAGAAUGUCUUCAUGGAAGCAUAAGGGUUCCUCGCUUCCCAUAGUCAGGUCUCAGCAGGUGGAGAAGCCUUUCACUUCAAAGGAAGAUCUGAACUGUGAGCUGGCCGGUGACUCGGACUCCAACCCCGAAGCCCAUCUGCCCUCCAUUUGCCUCAAGCAGGUGUUCCCCAAGUACGCCAAGCAGUUCAACUACCUGCGCCUGGUGGACAGGAUGGCUAACUUGUUCAUCCGAUUCCUGGGAAUCAAGGGGACGAUGAAGUUGGGACCAACUGGCUUUAGGACCUUCAUAAGGAACUGCAAGCUGAGUAGCAGCAGCCUGUCCAUGGCAGCUGUGGACAUCCUCUACAUCGACAUCACAAGGAAGUGGAACUCGGUGACCCUAGACCAGCGGGACACAGGGAUGUGUCUGCAGGCAUUUGUUGAAGCUUUCUUCUUCCUGGCCCAGAGGAAGUUCAAGCUGCAACCUCUCCAUGAGCAGGUGGCAUCCUUGAUCGACCUGUGUGAAUACCACCUGUCCCUGCUGGAUGAAAAACGCUUGGUGUGCCGUCGGGGCCAGCCCCACCAAAGAAAUCCCCCCCAGAUGAACCGCCCAGCCCAUUCAGCUGCAGACAGCUCUGCACCCCGAGUUAUUGGGGCUAGCAAGCUCUCUCACUCCUGACAUGCUCUGUCCUGAAGGCCACUCUGUCCUGGAAGAAGGUGUGCCCAUGGGGGCUGAGUACCCUGGGCUCCCCCAAUCUGUUGGGAGCCACUAGGGUUCCAGCUCAAUCACCUGUGCAUCCUCUCUGUGUUCCGUAGGGCUUUUGCCUCCCAUGGCCAUCCUUGCCCACCCCCUUUCCCAGCACCUCAUGGUGACCCACCCUGUUUGGGAAUCAUCAGUGGACAUAUGACAUCCAAGAUGUGACAGAUGGCACCUACUAUUCUGGGCUCCUGGGAAGCACCAACUGGGGCAUUCUGCUGUGCUUGGGGCCGCAGGGGAAUGGAGAGUGAAGAGGGGGGGGAGUGAAGGACAGACCAUCCUAAGGCAGAGAGCUGUGGAUGUGGAGAACAGUAACACCGGGGUCUGCUGGGGCCCUGAGAGCCUGCUGGUCAGAGCUUAGCAUCAUUCCAUGUCUUUCCUUCAGCCCAUUCCCUGAAAUGACGAAGGCGGACACCCCCGAUCAUGUGCUGCACGGGUGUCCUUUACAGACUGACCUCACUUGUUUGUUAACUUGCCUGUUGCUGCAAUGUUUGAUUUAUUACUAAUCAAGAAAUAAUUAAGAAAUAACACAGUAAGGUUCUUCAGUCUCCCCAUCCAGGUUCCAGGGGACCCCUGCAAAGUUGGGGCACUGACCCAAUGGCCAAGAGCCACUGUGUACCCAGCACUGUGCUGUCAGCCCGGAGUGAGGGGAGGGGCUUCAGAGGGGAGAAUGUAAGGCCCCCGAUGAGAGCCAGGACAAGCAGGAGUGUGUGAAGAGCAUGUGGUAGCCUAGACCAGAACAACCAGUGUUCUCGAAUGUCUACUCCAAGGGGCAGAGGUGGAAGGCCUUGGUUCCUGCUCUCGGGACCCAAGUGGGUUUCACAGAAGUCCCAAAUGAGAAGUGUGUGGGGACAUUCUUUAACCAGCCUCGAGCUGUACAGCUGUAAAAAGCUAUUAAAUAAAGCUUUGACUGGACACUUUCUCAAA